GGUUCACACCUAGAUUAGUAAACAAAGGACCUUUCAGCUGCACGCCUUAAAAGCAAUAGAGGAAGUAUUUUAAGAGUUACUGCAAAACAAAAAAAACACUUUCACCGAUCACAUUUCUCUCUCACUCUCUCUCGGUUCUCUUGUUUGCAUUCUCUUUCACCACUCACGUCUUUUUGCACAGAAGAAAGCAUGGCUGCAGAGUUUGUGGGUGGAGCAGUUUUCUCUGUAUUCCUUCAGGUGGCGUUUGACAGAGUGGCCUCUCGUGACGUUGUCAACUUUCUCAAGGGAAGCAAAGUUAUUGAAGGAUUGGUGCGAAAGCUGAAGUUAGUGCUGAUAACUGCUGAUUCAGCGCUCAGUGAUGUGGAGGAGAAGCAAUUUGAAUACCCAAAUGUGAAACGGUGGCUGAACGAGCUUAAAGAUGCUGUUUAUGUUGCGGAUGACCUCCUCGAUGAGAUUGCCACUGAAGCCUUACGAUCCAAGUCAGAAGCUGAAUUUCAAACCAGCACUAGUACGGUAUGGGACUUCUUCUCUGCUAAUUCAUGUGAUAUACAAUCGAAGCUAGAAAAAAUUCUGGAUAAUUUAGAAUAUGUUAUAAAACAAAAGGAUGUCCUUAGUCUUGUUGCUAGUGUUGCCCUGAAGGAUACCCCUGGUCUUAAAGGUAUACAAUCAAGACCAUUGACAACUUCUUGCCCUGAAGAAUAUGGUGUAUUUGGUAGAGACAAGGACAAGGAGGGGAUAUUUGAGAAGUUCCAAUCUAAUGGUGCAAGUGUUGAUGGGAUAUGUGUUGUUCCCAUAGUGGCUAUGGGUGGAGUUGGAAAAACUACUCUUGCUCGGUUUGUUUUCAAUGACAAAAGAAUUAAUGAGAGUUUUGAUCUCAAAGCUUGGGUUUGCGUUUCAGAAAAUUUUGAUAAUUUUAGGAUAGCAAAAACAAUUUUUGAGGAGGUCACUUCCUCUGCUUGUGACAAUCAAAACAUGAAUUUUCUGCAAAAUAAAAUUAGAGAGAAAUUCAUGGAGAAGAAAGUUUUCCUCGUUUUAGACGAUGUUUGGAAUGAGAAAUAUAGUGAUUGGGCUGAGCUACUUAAAGUUUUCAGAUGUGGUGCAAAGGAGAUUAAGAUCAUUGUUACUACACGCAGUACAAAAGUCGCAUCAAAUGUCCGCACUGUUGCAGAUUUUUUUCUAAGACAAUUAUCAGAAAAAGAGUGCUGGUCAUUGUUUAAAAAACACACAUUUAUAAAUGGAAAGGCUAGUGAUCCAAUUCUAGAGGAUAUUGGUAGGCAAAUUGUCCAGAAGUGUAAAGGCUUACCUUUGGCAGCAAAAACACUUGGUGGUUUGCUGCGUUGUGAGCAAGAUCCAAAGGAGUGGACAAUGAUUUUGAAGAGUGAUAUAUGGAAUUUACCAGAAAAAGAAAGUGACAUCCUUCCGUCUCUAAGAUUGAGCUACCACUACCUCCCAUCACAUUUGAAGCAUUGCUUUGCUUAUUGUUCCAUCCUUCCAAAGGGUUAUGAAUUUAAAAAAGAGGAGUUGGUCUUGUUGUGGAUGGCACAAAAUUUUUUACGGCAAUCCAAAGGAAAUGUAUAA